CCGCCCGCGCCAGGCGCGUCCAGCUCGGCGCGCCCGGCCCGGCCCGACGAGGACAUGCUGUCCCGCCUGCUCAAGGAGCACCAGGCCAAGCAGAACGAACGCAAGGAGCUGCAGGAGAAGAGGAGGCGAGAGGCCAUCACUGCAGCGACCUGCCUGACAGAAGCCUUAGUGGAUCACCUCAAUGUGGGUGUGGCUCAGGCCUACAUGAACCAGAGAAAGCUGGACCAUGAGGUGAAGACACUACAGAUCCAGGCUGCUCAGUUUGCCAAGCAGACAGGCCAGUGGAUUGGAAUGGUGGAGAACUUCAACCAGGCACUCAAGGAAAUCGGGGAUGUGGAGAACUGGGCUCGGAGCAUCGAGCUGGACAUGCGCACCAUUGCCACUGCCCUGGAAUAUGUCUACAAAGGACAGCUGCAGUCUGCCCCCUCCUAGCCCCUUGCUCUCUCUCCGGUCCACCCCUCUUAUGUCAUCCACAGGGGCAGCAGGGAGACUGAUGGGCCAAGAAUAAACAUGGGUUUUCAUUCUG